AUGCUUCUAGCAUUAGCUGGUUACAUAGACGUGAUUCCCGCACGGAGGAUUCUGGGUUCCCUCUCGAAGUUGCGUAUUCGCGAAUACGUAUGCCAUGAGCAUGUGGUGCAGGCGGCGCAGUACCUUCUUGCCGAGAUGGCGAUGCUUGGAAUAACACUGCGAUUUUCCGAAGAUCCAAGCUCGCCGGUACUACAUGCCUACGCGUCGUUUGCCGACAUCCCACGAGGCAUAGUAGAAGAACUGAAUCGAUUGGCAGAAGGAGCGAUAACGGUGGGAAUUCGAGAUGUUUGCAACUUCCUCAACGACGCCCUCAAACGUUACUACGGAUCGAAUAUCUGGCCUGUAACGGAUGAGGUGCUGAACUUAUAG